GGUCCCACUGUUGAAUGCGAGCUGGAUGGAGAGCUGAAAACUGGAGGCAAGGGGGGCAGAGAGCUGUGACCAGCGGGACGAGCUGAGAGGAAAGGAGAGAGCAGCUGCUGCUCCUCUGGUCUAACAUGGACACAGACGGGACCGCGGUCACUUCAAUCAUCGAGCUCAGCCGCUCUGUCGCCCCCGGGUUGUGACUCCCCGCUCUCCGCAGAGGUAUCCGGCGGACCCCGGUGACCAGGACAGGACGGUGCUGACACUUUGCAGGCUGCAGCAGGCUGUGUAGCGCCUUGCAGUAAAACCUUCCCCCCUGGAGAAUAAAGCAGGAGUCUCAGCAUCUGGUGGCUCAGAGGGAAAGAAAGGGGAGAGUGACUGGGAUAGCAACAACGGUUUGAGUGCGGAAUUAUUGUUAGAUAACGGACUCAACAAGGGUUUACACCGAAAUGGGAAAAGAAGUCUCAGUCACCUUGUAAGAUGUUUCCUCACCACAGAGAAAGGGAGCAGCCGAUCUUCAGCGCCCGGGCCCAUGUUUUCCAGAUCGACCCUGCCACCAAGAGGAACUGGAUCCCAGCCAGCAAGCAUGCCGUCACCGUGUCCUUCUUCUAUGAUGCCAACCGUAAUGUCUACCGCAUCAUCAGUGUGGGUGGGACCAAGGCAAUUAUCAACUGCACUGUUACACCCAGCAUGACGUUCACCAAGACGUCCCAGAAGUUUGGUCAGUGGGCUGACAGCAGGGCCAACACUGUCUAUGGUCUGGGUUUUGCUACGGAACAACAGCUGCACCAGUUUUCAGAGAAGUUUAAGGAGGUGAAAGAUGCAGCUCGUCUGGCGCGAGAAAAGUCGCAGGAUAAAGAACUGGCCAACACAGCGCUGAGCAUCGCUGCUCCUCAGUUCUCACAGGACCUCUCUGAUGAACUCCAGUCUCCACCUGUGAUGUGUGUGAACGGACCGGAGGACAAGCUGUUCCGCAGCCAGAGCGCGGACAUCACCCUGUCUUCUGAGAAGGAACGUAUUAAAAAGAUGCUCUCUGAAGGGUCUAUUUGUGAGAUGAACCUGGAAGCUGAGCUCUUCACUCUGCAGGACAGCAACUCCAAGCUGGUGGCAGCUUUGCACGAGGCUAAUGCUAAUGUGGAGCAGUGGAAGAAGCAGCUGGCAGCGUAUCAGGAGGAGACGGAGAGGCUGCGAGAACAGGUGGCUGAAUUGGAGGCACAUGGAGGCCAUGGCCCCAGUGACCUGCUGAAGGAUGAGCUGACCCAGUCUCUGGAGGAGCUGGAGGCCCUGCUGAAGGCCAAAGAUGAGGAGAUCCACAUUUUGCAAAGCAAGAAAGCAGAGUAUCAUGAAAUGGAACACGAUAGAGAUGAGGCCAUACACAGAUUGCGGGAGAUGGAGAUGCGUAAUUCAGACUUGGAGCGGCGCAUCCAGAACACAGAGCAGAACCUGAGUAACUCUCUGGAGGAACGGGAUCGCAUGGACAAUGAAAUCCAGAGGGCAAUUGAAAUUCUGGACAUCAAGAUCUUUGACCUUAAUGACCUUCGCCAGAGCCUGGUCAAACUCAUCGACAAGUAAGAAGGAAAAACACAAUCCACGAGAGAGCUGGAGCGGGAGACAGGGUUGAGGUUGUUGUGGCCACGGCAGCAGCCAGUAAACAAAACACGAUGGAGCUGGUCCCUGUCCUCCUCAAGCACAAGAACCACCUCGGCCGCAGGAAGGUUACUCCAUGUGUGUGUUGCAGCAGUGGCUGUGCUGUACUCAACAUCAUACUGUAGGUGUUGGCCUAAGCAGCAUCAUAUACAUGGUAUUGCUUGUCCAAUCUAAUGUUACGCUUCAUGUUGCUUUCAAGGGUAACAUUCAAUGCAAUAAACCAACUUUAAGGUAAGUGCUUAACAGUGCUAGACAUUUAAUAUUGAGAACUGGUGCUUGUAGUUUUUCAUAAUUAUGACUUUUGUAUAAAAAAAAAAAAGGCAAUGCAGUGUCAAUAUGAACGAUAAGAGGCCUUGUUUUUUUCAACUGACAGGUGAUAUUUGAACAUCUGUACAACAAAAUGAGUCGAUGCAUAUACGGAAAGGAACUUAUUCUCAGUGAAAAGUGAAUGCAAAUAAGAGAGUGCGCAAGACAAAAUUACUUUUAAGAGAUUUGCCUGUUUAACAACCUGCAUACGACAUAAUUAUUACUGAGUCAACAAAGUUUGAUUUGUGCAGAGAUUAACUCGUGUAUGGUGUUGUAGUCACCCAUGCAUCAUGUAGCAACUAUAAUGUGAAGGACAGAGUGGCUCUAUGUGGUGCUUUUCCACAGGAAUAAACAAUGGAAUAUAUGUAAAAAGAAAAAAAGGAAUAGUAUGCUAAUAGUAUUUGAUAUUAGGGGGCGGCAUGAAUUUAAAGAGUAGAUCUGAAUAUUGACACCAAAGAUCAAAUGUUACGAGCAGAGUCAUUGAUAAGGUCUUUCAGCAGCUUGUCUAUUAACACAUCCUCAUUUAAGCUUGUAGGAAGCGUUUAAUUCUAAAGUAAGUUACAGUACUUCUUAAAUACAUGUUAGUAGAUAGGCUAUGUUACACAAUUAAAAUUAGGAUAAAUAAGUGUUUUCAAAAUGAUACAUGAUUCAGUAACGCUACAGUAAUUAAUGAGUAACCAUAAGAAAUACAAGUCAUCACUUAGUCAUGCAGAUAAGUUUAACUGACUGGCCCAGUCUAAGUAAUUGUCCUGUGCUUCAUCUCUUAACACAGCACUAAGCAACUUAUUUAUGAUACAUCUUAAUAAACAUGUCGCUCUGAUUGGUGUGAUGCAUUCAAGGAACUUUAAGAGACAUUUUCUGCCUUCUGUCUUUUUUCAGCACGUUACCUUUAGCUGUGGACAGUACUGUAUGGCAUAGGCCGUGAGUGUGGCUGUGCUGUAUGAAAAAAAGAAAACCAGAAUGUCUACUUCACUGAGUCUUUCUAUCACACAGACUGUAUUGUUUAACGUGGUCUAUAAUGCUGUGUUUGUAUUAAUUUUUUCAAGCCUUACUGUUGUAUUUUAAGGAUGAUUGUGGACAGUCAUGCCAGCUCUGUGUGUCAAACUUUGAGCUGUUGUCAUGACAGUUUGGAAAUAAAAGCAAAGAAUACAGUCACUGUCUUCCGUGUG